ACACUAACACUAUAUGAGACCCACCCAACCAGGAAGUACACGGGUAUACCGUGCAGCAUUCAGGUCGAAUUCUGCUGACAGUUCGUCACUGUCGUCACUAUCGCCGUGGCAAGUUUACCCGUUUAAGAGGAUCAUCUUGUCUCGAACUUGGAUAUUAUCAUGUUUGGGUCGACAGAUAGCUACACUGUACCCACAACAAGCACACACUGUGAGCCGGAACAACAAGCUACGGACAUGUCUUGCAGUAAAUGCGAAAAGAAGUAUAAAGCAUGUAUAGAUAAUAUAAAUGAGAGAAAUACACUGCACAUGGAUGUGGCGCAGAGCAUUCUGUUCCACCUUCGGAAAGAGACUAGACAGACGUUUAAAGAAAAGUUGUUGAAGAAAGUGUGCUCGUUGCGGAACUCACGGGGGGGCAUUCUGGUCAUCCACGUCACAGGCAGGGAUCAGAAGUUUGGUCCAUCUCUGGAUAGGUUUGAUGAGGUUGAAAAUGAUCUAAGCAACAUGAUUGAGGAUGACACACCGUUCUGUGAGAAUUACACCCGUUAUUGGAUAGAUGGCUGUCAGGGGGUGGAAUCAGGCGCGGGCCACAGGUACACAGAUUACAUCUUGCUGCACGUCUCCGGGUCAGGGUCCAUCUCCACACGCGACUUCAACACGUACAUGCCUAGGUAUGGCAGCAUCAUCAGGCCCAAGGCAAGAGAACUGGCUGGAGUGCUGACACGUGUUUCCACAGAAACGAAACCACACGAAGAGAAUAACGUGAAUAAACAAGAAAUAAAAGUAAAGGGUAGAGAAAAGAAAAGACUUCUUUCUGGAUAUAAAUCAAGAGAUGUGCAGUUCAAGCGCCUUCGUCUCACAGACUCCCAGAAGAAGACUGAGACUAAUGAUGGUAAUAAUAUCAGAGAGCAGAAUAUUAAUAACAUCACCAACAAGGUCAUGGAUCGCCUAUCUGAUUACGUUACAGCCUUUACAAAGCUAACAGAAGGGGGAGCAAUUUAUUACGGCAUAGAAGAGGAAAAAGGGCAGGAAAAAGAGCGGAAAAAAGCAACUCGGUCACAGACAGGGGACGGCCCCCCAACUCACCAUUAUGUUGUUAACGGAAUCCUGAUGUCCCCGGACAUGCAUGAGGUUGUUAAGGCGAACAUCAUGACCGACAUCACUGAGAACAUGCUAUGGCAUAACGAACAGGGAGACAAAUAUGGAGAAGACGAGAUCAAUAAUCUAGUCGAGAUUUCGUUUCAUUCAACAUCGGAGGCAGAGGUGGAGACAGCGGUGGGGACAGCGGCGGGUGAGGAGGACACCUACGUUAUUGAAGUUAGGGUCAAGGGAAAUUUCCGCGGAAUCGCAUUCACCAGCAAGACUGGCCCAUGCGCGGACAGGCUGGAUGACAAGAAAGAUACAAUAGCCGUUGACAUAAAGGACUGGGAGAAAAGAAUAAAACUGUUGCAAACAAACUCCCCUGCCCAGCCAGUGACGUCAUCCCCCCAGGCAGGACAGUGAUGUUCAAUCUCGUCUAGUUUCAUGUCAUUUACUUCAGAAAGGUUGAGGGAUUUGUACCAGAAGGUCAUUUAUACUGGCCACUUUCUUCUUUUCUUUUAUCAGCAGCUUUGUAGUGCUAUUAUCAGAUAGCCUUUUUUCACUUGCUGCUAACACUUUGGUCACUAGUACAUACUUACGUGUUUGCAGAUCUUACUCCAGACGUUUGCAACAUUAGUGGUUUCUUGUUUUUUCAAAUUAAAAGUUUUGCGUUUCAAUUUGUUAUUCAUGUACACAACACUGACAAAAGUCAUUUUUCAUUAGAACUAAAAGUUUGUAUAUGGGUUAAUGACAAUUACCUGACAUUGAUUUGGGGAUUAUUUUCACUUAUUAUUUGCAA